AUGCAAUUGUUCCAUGAGCUGAAACAAAAAUUCCCUGGUGUCCCUGACCAUGUUGUGUCCAACACUAUUGAGCUGUACUGCCAUGAUAAACAAGCCUGUGAGACUCAUCUUCACAGCGAAGUCAAGGCCUCCCUAACGCACGCUUAUCAUGCCUCUUCGUCGGCCGCCGCCCGACAGCUCAAUGAGCUCAAAGUAAAUGCACCCAUAAAGUGUCGUAAUCAGCCCAUCACAAAGCAUGAGGUAGUGAAAUCAUCGGUGGUAAAGUCUGUAACUUGCCAAGGUCCACAAAAAGCUAUUGUGAGCUCUAAUAUUACAGCUGCAGAGAAUGAGAACAAAAAAGUGAGUACUGAUGCUAAUCAAAAUGUGGUUGAUGUUAAUAAUGAAAAGGAAUCUGAUAAAACUGCUUCACCAAUAACAAUUAUAAAUAUUGAUAAUUGUUAUGCUAAAUAUAGUGCCGAGUCGCCUAGUGAUCCAGAGCUAAGUAAUGAUAAAAAAGAAAUAAAUAGGGAUUAUGAAAAGGAGGAUGCUAAUAAUAGAAAGGCUAGUAAUGGCUCUGAUAUAAAUCAACCUGAAAGCACAAAUUACAGAAUAUUGAAAAGUAACAAGAUAAAAUGCAACUUAAAUGAAAGAUUGGAGAAGGGAAAAGAGAAGAAGACCAUUAAAAAAGAAACUCAAAUUUCAAAAUCAAUAGAAGAUAAACCAAAACGACCGAAUACACUUGACUUUGUUAAACCGAAUUCAGAUUUUGCAUUUAAAGAGACAUUAGAAGAGGCAGAUCCAGAUCCUUGUAGGUCAGUUUCACCGGCCACCUCAACGCAAAAGGGCACUCAGCAAUCUAAAGAGAAGCCUGGAACAUACAGGAGGGAAUGCGGUUACCCAUUAAAUUUAUCUGUAAAUGUGAAUUGCCAUAUGGACUUAAGCCAUUCUUAUGUUGAUCCAUGGAUGGAGAAUUAUGAUAGCCCAAGAGCUAUUACGUCAGUAAAUUUGACUGUUUGUACGCCAACUUCGAACAUGGCCAGUCCAGUUAGGGAAAUGAGGGAGGAUGAUGGUGGCUUUGAGGGGCAUGUGACAGUAACCGUUAGCCCAAGCACAGCUCGACCGCCACGGCGAAGAGCACCACCGCCACCUCCAACCCCCCAACCACCACCGACAAAGCUGGAAUCACCCAGACCUUCAAGAGUAGCGCCUGAGCCACCUAGUGGAUCUAACCACAUUAAUGUUGAUCAUUCACUUAUAGAACGGCAAAAAGAGCGGCUCUCUAGGCUUGCAACAGCUUUAGCCCAAGAAAAGAGCAGAGUUGCCCAACUUAACCGGGAAACUCAGAUAUUAGCUGCUCCGCCACCAUCGCCCACUACAACUCAACGGCUCAAGAAAUAUGUUGAGCGAUUACGAGAUGAGUGUAACACUCUGUCUAAAAGACUUGAAAUGGCCAAUAAUGAGCCAGAUGAUUCAGACAGCUUCUACAGGAACAUUUAUACAGGACAGCGGCCUAGUGCAAUGUGGCAGUGCCAUAUGUGCACUUUUCGUAAUCACGAGCUGCUGACCAAAUGUGAGGAGUGCGAGAUGCCCCGCAUACUUGUAGUUCGGGCACCCGAUGGAAUAACCGUUCGCCUGAUGCCAGGUCGGCGCAAAAUUGUGCGGUCGUGGGUAUUA